GUUCCAGUUCCAGCUCAUUUGGAGCAGGGCACACAGUACCGGCUCGCAAGACACACUCAGAUGUGCGAGAGAAGUAUCAAAACAAAUCGGCGCUGGCUGCUGGCAAUGCGCAGCAAAUGCCUGCAAUGAUGAUGCAGAUGAUGGCCAUGAUGGCCGGAUGGCAACAGGAAGGGCAGGCUCCAGGUGGGCUGCAGGGCCUGCAACUCUUUGGGAACACCAGAAAGAAGCAGAAGAUGCUCGAGGGUGGCGCGCCAGAGGCAUCUCGUGCAGAUGCUUCUUCAUUGCCUGUGGCAUCUACAGUGGCCGCGCUCAAAGACCGUGAGGUUGAGCGUUCAUCAUCCAAGGAGCUGCACGAAAGCCAGGAGGAAUCAUUUCACGGGUUGGCGGGAAAGCCUUUUGUCAUUCCCGAAAUCAAAGGUGAUCCUCCAAAGGAGCUGCCCGAGAGGACGGCAGAGGAAUCCAUCACAGCAAUGGCCAACGCGACGAGAGCUCGUGAGAAGAAAAACAAACAGGCUAGAGAGGAUGCAGAAGAGGAUCCACCUCCAAAAGCAGCAAAGACUGCAAAAGGCAAGGCAAAGCCGAAGACAAAGCCGAAGCCUGACAAAGCCCACACUCCUGAAGAAUUGAAGACACCGGAGCCUAAGGGCAAACGCUCGCAGGCCAAGAGCGCGAAGGCGCAGCCAGCUGAUGUCUCUCCAAACGCUGAUGGUAUUCCCAUGACAGCUGAGAAGGCACUAGUCAUGAAGAAGGGAGACCCUACGUUCUUCUGGGGGCAGGGCAGAGUGCAUCGAAACGACACUUCGGGCCACUGGCGAUGCUUCAAGAAGAAGUCAGACAAGAGCGACAGGAAAUUCAAGAUCGGUGAGGGCGACGAGGCAGAGAAGGCAAGCUGGGUGAAGGCCUUGAAAUGGAUCGAGGAAUCUUCGUAG